AGCUGUUGGGGAGGCGGGAAGACGUUGUGGGUUUGAAAGCUGAUGGUUACGGCGGCUUCGGUGUUCCGCCGCCCGCCCUGGCCCCAGCCCGGGCCCAGCUCAGCUGUGCACCGCCGCGGCCGCUGCUGUCAACCUCUCGUCCGGCGGAGAAAGAGGGAAGGCCCGCGGGUGCACGGCGAAGGGGUGGGAGCGCCUCGGCGGGGGCGAGGCGCGGUGCUGCCGGACCCUGGGAGCGGCUGCCGGCAGCACGGCGCAGGGCCUUCUCUUGGCGCAGCGCUGGUGGAGCAGCAGGAGAAACGCAGGUCCCGCUGCUAACUGCUUACUGCGGUAACGGUAACAACACAAACAACCUACGGGAAGGUCUUAACAACCUGAAGGAAUAAAAUCAGCCCUGAAGCACGAUGACCAAUGUAAAAGUAGAAGAUGGAAUAACCUUCUUCGAAAGAGAAAUUAAAGAGUUUUGCACCGAAUUAAAAAGCAUUUGUGUCACUGAACAAAUCACUCAGACUCGAGCACUGAGAGAUUCAUGCAAGGAGUUUGUAAAAGCACUUACAGAGAAAUGGUCCAAGAAGCUGAAAGAAAGGGACCUGAUGAUUGAUAAAAUUCAGGAGUAUAGCAAUGAGAUGCUCCAGCAGAGCCAAUGCAUAUCAGAAAAUCAAGAGCACUUGACAGAAAUAAACUCUACCCUUAAUCAAGAAAAGCAGCAAAAGAAGGACUUGACUGACAGCAUCCAAGAGCUUAAAGAACAGAUGAAGAAAGAAACAAUAGCUUCUAAACCCAAAAGCACUAAGGAGAGAGAGGAACAACUAUGCAAGUUGAAAGCAUUCUUUGAAGAGAGGCUUGGACUGGAGAUAUGCAGAACUCACAAUGAACAAUUACAGUUUAUAUUCAGACACAUUGACCAUAAAGAUCCCGACAAACCAUAUGUGUGUACCUUUUCCAUAAAUGAACAAGGAGAUUAUGAAGUGACUUCCUGUAUUCCUCCUCUGGACUGCAUAGAAGAGUUCCACCUCAAAGUGAGAGAAACUAACAAUUUUUCUGUGUUUGUUGCCAACAUCAGAAAAGCUUUCAUUGCUUUAUCUUAUAAACAGUCUACAUAAAACAAGCUUAUACCUCUCUAGCUGUACAGCACUCUUUUCUUUUCUUCCCCUAUUGUGAAAGUAUGUAAUUACUCAUGUCUUAUUUCUCAAUAAAGAAAAAUAAUGAAAAUGGUAUUUUAGUCCGUUGUUAUGUGGAGACAUUUUGGAUCAUUCUUCGAAUAAUAGUAUAGCUAUCUGCUUAACUGAAUGGCUCCAGCCAUGGAAAUUUUUAUCUAGUAGCAAGUAACUUAACGAUGUAAUGACCUCUAUUUAGCUAACCCAGGAAGACAUUAAAAAGUACUUUCUGUAAUAUAUGUGUCUCUUCCAAAUGCAUAAAAGCAUCUUUCAGGUUUGUGUGUGGCUGGAAUAGGCCUGAAGCCUACCAAAAUGAUGCAGCGGAGCUCAGCAAUUAGUGCAGUUACCUGUGUCACAGGUGACUAUCUUAAUUUUUACCAUCUUGUACUCUCCAGUGUUAUUGCUCAUUUUCAUGUAUGUAAAUCAUGGGGUUUUUUGGUCUGUCAACCUAUAUAUUUUACUGUCUAUUAUUGUCUGGGUGCCUGUUUCUGUUUUAGUAAAAAAAACCAUUUGAUGUACAUGUUAUUGUUGAAUAAAGCUUUUAACAGGA